CCGGAACCCACCGCAGCGGCAGGGUGCCUGGAAGGUGGGGCGCUAGCGAGCCGCACCACUUCCGGACUUCAGGUAGAACUUUGCCCGCAGCUGGCUCCUGCGAGGAGGGCUCGGGGCUGCAGCUUUGCCAAUGGAUCUUGUUGGUUUUGGUUAUGCGGCCCUUGUGACGUUCGGAAGUAUUUGGGGAUAUAAACGGAGAGGUGGUGUUCCAUCUUUGAUUGCUGGUCUUUCCAUUGGACUUUUGGCUGGCUAUGGAGCUUACCGUGUCUCCAAUGACAGACGAGAUGUUAAAGUAUCUCUGUUUACAGCUUUCUUUCUGGCCACCAUAAUGGGUGUGAGGUUUAAGAGAUCCAAGAAGGUAAUGCCAGCUGGGCUAGUUGCAGGCUUAAGCCUCAUGAUGAUUCUGAGACUUGUCUUACUGAUGCUCUGAGAAUCCGGGGAACCAAAAGCUAAAUUCAUGUCAUUCUACACUAAUGGACAGAACAUACUCUUGGAACUCAGAAGAUAAAUUUCGAUAUGGAAUAUUAAGUAUUGUAUUUAAUAUUAGAAACAAAAGAAACUGUUAUUUCUAAUAUGAACACUAGUCUAAGGUUUGUUUGUUUUUUUUAACAAAACUUUGUUUUCUAGUUGUCAGGUAUCAUUUUCAUUAAAGAUAUUUAAUAAAUUGUGAUACAUUCAUUAAUUUGCUAUGUUUAGUUUUAUGUGUGUGGUAUUUUUUAACAAUUUCCAGUACCUUCUGAAGUAAGUGUAAAUGAAACCACAACAUAUCAGAUAAUGGAAUGCCCUAAUUGGACUUCACAGAAUGCCAAUAUAUCUAUAUGCCAUUUCUAUUAUAUUAGAAAUUAUGUUUUUCCAUUUUCAUUGUAUUGCUGCCAAUGUUAUUUUUCUUUUAAAAAACUCAUUUUCAAACACUCUGUACUAAAAGAAUGUAUUCAGUAUUCAAAUAAAAGAUGU